AUGAGCAGCCCACCCUCGUCCGGCGCCUUGGAAGAAGAGGCAUCAAAGUCGAAGACAAGCUCCCCAGACAGGACAAUUGCCUUCCUUGUGCACUCCCCAGACAGCGUUGCCAAUAAUCUGCCUCCAGAUUGUGACAACAAGCCGCUGGCAAGACAGAGGAGAAGGCGGACGAGUCCGGAUGACCAGCGUGUGCUAGAGGAGGCGUUCUUGCGCAACCCCAGACCAAGUAAAGAAGAAAGGCAGGAGAUUAUCAGCAAAGUCGCGUUAGGCGACAAGGAAGUCCAAAUAUGGUUCCAGAACCGGCGUCAGAGCUCAAGACGCAAAGCAAAGCCGCUCAACACGAGCGACAUCGAUUCUCAGAUGUCGGGCAAGUCAUCGAGUCCUGCCCCCUCUUCGCCAAUCCGGGAACACGUCGAUGUAGAUAAAACACGCGAAGAACAGCCAGGAGCACAGGGUGCAUCGCCGGGAUGUGAUUUAACGCAGACGGUCGGUGUCGAAGCGAGCGUAGAACACGGAGAGACAUCAAUCCAGAACGAAAUAACUCGUUCUGACAAGACCAAAGUUGACAUCGCGACAGAGGACAAGAAAGGCUGUGUGCAGCACGACACCCAAAGCACGGCCGUGGCAGCAAGUAUCACUUCGUCGCAAGACUUGCCGGCGUCCACGCUCCCCACUGAUGUCGGUAGCUCCCAAACGCUGCCGUCAUCCUCCCAGGACGCUUUAUUCUCUUCCCUUACGCGACCAACGUAUCUCGCGAACAGAAGAAGCGCGUCAUUCGCUCGACAACAUACGGAUGAAGUGCCUGUUGCCUCGUCCGUUUCUACGCAAGAUCAACGCGUCCCUGGGCUCAGAAAGAGCGGCUCAUAUCUUCGACUGUCAACGACAGAGGACGGACAGGCAAGAGUUAUCGAUCGCUCCAUUCCAUCCCCUCCACGAGCGCAGCCUGUAGCAACGAGCCCAACCAAUGACCGACCUCCUCUUGGCGGCUUGCGGCGGAGCUACAGUGCUGCCGGCUUGAGCGACCAUUUCACGCAGUCGGGAUCUGAAUUUUCCUCUCGGGCGAAAGUCCCUCGUGUCUCGCAACUUGGGCGUUCUCGUGAUUCCCGAGCAUGGGAAUUCUGGUGUGACAGCGAGGCGCGAAACUCUCUCGUCAACAAAGCUGAGCAAGAGAACAGCGGCAGCGCUGCAGAUGCCAUCGGACUGAUCAGGCAGAACAGUAGAACUGCUCUGCGACCGAACAGUAGGAAGACAAACUCCGCAAUGGUCGGCCGAACCAGUGUUGCGGCAUUGAACAGCGGCAAGCCAACCAAAGUCAGACUGCAGCGAGCGAACACUAGUUAUGGUCGGCUGCAGCAACCAGAGUCCAAGGACAGCAAGAAGGGCACAGAAGAACAGCUCAGUCCGUCUGGGGAUUCGGACAAGGAGAAUUGGGAUCCCGAAGACAAUCAAGCCAACGCAGCAUCUCGCCGUCGCCCACCUGCCAUUAGUGCAUCGAACCCGCGGCGAGGGCGCACUAUCCUCGGCGAGAACACGCAAUUGCCAAGCUAUGCAACGAGCUUCGGUGGCUUCAUGGACGCCGAGAAGAGAAGGACCGCUCCGCCUGCGGCCGUCGAUGCAGAAGUUGAGGCCUUCAUGGGUGCAGGUGGUGGGAACGAGGAUCUAGACUGUGUUCAGAGUCUCUUGAGCUUAAGCAAGGGUAACUGGAGGUGA